AUGGCAGUUGAACAGCGCCGACUUCGCGGGUUGCAAGAGUCUUCCGCUUCGCUCGACGCAGCCCUUGCCGUGAGUCCCGAAAUCGCUGCUGGUACGGGUCCUACCAGUAAUCCAACACCUAUCUCAUCUCAUGCGACACCACGUGCUGGUCAUAAAGAGAGUAUCGGGGACGAAGAGACCGACAGGGAGUCAAACCUAGGCUCGAUGUCUUCGCCGCCGCCUCUAAGUGAGACGUCUCAGACGCGAUCCACUCGUUCUACCUCGACAACUUCUCGAAAUUCCCAUCGACUUUCCUUAACGUUGCCAAUUGCGCCACCUAACAGUUUUCCCUCGAGACCUACGCCCACUUCCUCCAUGCCUCCAACUCCUAUAGAAACCUCAGCAUUAGGCUCGCCUACCGACCCAAAUGAUUUUAUUGUCGCCAUUGCGGCCCAAGAGCGUCGCGUAUUGGAGCUUCGCGAAGAACUAGGGCGAGCCGAAGAUGAUUUGAGGAAACUCAAGAGGCAGUGGACAAACUCUGCUGCGUAUAGGAAACGAGCAUCUCAUAGAAAUGUCGAACCCCUCCAAGCGAUGGCAUCGGUUUUGGAUGCGCCGUGGGGAUACGAUGAAAAUGCGAGUAUUCGAUAUAAUAGCGAGCUGGAGCGCAGAAAAGCCAUCCUUCGCGCACAAAGCCAGGGGACACCUCGAGAGUCUAAGAGAACGGUUAUUCGCGGCGGGCAUGCACGUACCCUAUCAUUACUUUCACCAACAAGAUCGGCAAAUGGAGACGAUAGCGGAGCUCGAUCAGCUGAACCAUACUCUAAGCCGCCAUCAAUCCCUAGUCCGGCUCCUAUCAACAAGCGUGCGACUUGGGCUCCUCGUCAAAGCCAGCCAUACCAGCCAUUCCCGCCAGCAAAUGGUAUGAAACAAAUGGCCAACGAACUUAAGCAAGGUCUUUGGACAUUUGUUGAGGACUUAAGACAAGCAACUGUCGGCGAUGAAGCAAUAUCUGGGACCACACAUAGGACUAGUGAAAUGAUUUCUCGGCUAGGUAAGAUGGAAGGCGACCAGGAUACGGUUCGUGCAUCUGCUUCGAGCCGCGGUCGCAUACCGUUUCAAGACGAGCCGGGGUCGAUGACAGAGACCCCAAGUAGAAACUCUACCGACAGCUUCAGCGAUCGUUUCCAGCAUAGACAUACGACGUCGAGAGCCGACGCCAGGGCCAAGAAACAUUUCUCCUGGACUCCACUCACAUUUGACAGUUUUGAUGACGAAGAUUGGUCGAACUGGGAAUCACCAAAUGUCAAGACUUCCCGAUGGAGUGGUAGCACUGUGAACGGGGAUAUCAUAACCGCAAUUCCCGAGAGGACCAACGAAAAUGGAGGGACACUGAGACGCAAACAAUCCCAGAGCGAGCUUCGCGCAACAUCUCCGCAGGCGCCAAGCAAGCUUGAAGAACUCCCACAAGCCAUCCUUAAUAGACUAGCACCCAGCAAUCUGAAGAAUACUACGUCGAACUUUAUCAAAGAGUGGGAAAAGAGCCUUUCGCCACCUGCGGAUUCAACCUCGUUCUAAGCCAAUUUUAUAGGUCACUAACGGAAUUAGAGUUGUGGGCGUUCUAACUCUUUGAUCGGCGUGUGAGAGGGGGUCGGGUAGCAGGUAUUAUCUAUGCAGGUCUUAUACAAGGCUUUGUGCGCACAACUGGACUGGGGAUCGAAAAAGGGGGACCGACCCUUGGAUAGAUAAAAAUGCCUCCGAAGUGGGAGUUACAACAAACAGCAUCUACCUCAUGUAUAAUUUUGCCAUCGGAGCACUGUAACAUUCGAGGUCUUGCGAGCGAGAUGGUAUGUAUUACCUAGGCCACGUCCGGUUUUUUGGGGAUCGGGAUUACGACGUGUCGGUUUAACUCUCGAGGUACCGAAUACCGGUAGUUAGAAGGGAAAACGGGGACAGAAGGGAACCAGUGACGACCUUGUUUCAGUAAUAGUUAAUGAUCACGAAGCUUACGAUAGUUACCUAGACGAUAAUGUAGAACGAGAUAGAAUCGUUGUCGUUGUCAAUUUUACCAUCUAUUUAGUACCUAGGCUUUCCAUAACGAAGCUACGUUCGAGGCGAAAUCAGGUAUACGUUUACAUGGUACUUAGCAUUUCGCAUAAGCCUUCCUAUUAAUGAAAGCGUUGAAGGCUAUAGCCUUACUAUGGUC